GUGUGCGCUACUGACGCCCACCUCGUGUGGGGAGUGGACACGGAUGUGGUCGUUGACACCGAGGGCAGGCCUAUGGUGUUGGGCCACGAGGGGGCCGGUGUGGUCGAGUCGGUGGGCGAAGGGGUUAAGAGUGUGGCACCGGGCGAUAAAGUGGUACUAAUGUGGAUGCCCGAGUGCUCCCGGUGCGAUUUGUGCGCAAAUCCCAAAACUAAUUUCUGUUUGUCGGGGAACCCGGCGUCCAAUUCGGUGCGGGUGGCCAGGGAUGCCUAUAUGAAAGUUAAUGGCAAACCAGUGCUUCAGUUUUGUUGUGCGGUGGGCACUGGAUAUGCGAGUGCGACAAACAUAGCAAAAGUACACAAAGGCUCCAAAUGUGUCAUAUGGGGGAUGGGAGCCAUAGGGUUGUCAGUGGUGUUGGGCUGUAAGGAUGCCGGCGCUCAAGAGAUUAUAUGCAUUGAUAGGAAUGACCACAAAGGAGUAAUUGCUAAGCAAUUAGGUGCCACUAGGUUCAUUAAUCCGAAAACCAGUAGUCAAAGUGUUGAUGAGAUACUGAAAGGUUACGGUGGAGUGGAUUAUGCAUUUGAUUGUAUCGGAAAUAUAGACGUGAUUAACAGUUGUAUUCAAUCGCUUAGCACCUGGGGAUUUCUAGUCUUAAUCGGUUUACCCGAUAGAGGUCAGAGUGUGAGCAUACCGGCUGGUAAAUUACUACAGGGGGCGCAUGUGUCGGGCGGCCAUUUUGGUAACGCAAAGCCCCGGGAGCUUAAUCAGCGGUUGGUUGAUCUGCACUGUAGCGCACGGCUACCCAUUGAGCCCAUGAUUACCCAACGUUUGCAUUUAAAUAACAUUAACAAAGCGUUUGACGACUUGAGAGCCGGAAAGACUAUUCGCACAGUCAUUGAUUUUGAAUGAAAUAACUUUUACUAAC